AACAGGGAAGACUGGAGAAAAGGUUAGGUCAAGGCUAAAACCUCCAGCAGAUAAAGGGACUCAGUGAUGAGAUUAAAACAAAGCACCUGCAAUCAGCUCAGCUUUGGAGGCACCAGCCUUCUUACCACAACAGAACAGCACCAUGGCCAUGGCCUUCCUCUCCCAUCUGGAUCUUCAGGAAAGCCUCCAAACACUCUCUGUUUUGCGGUGGAUCCCAGUCUAUGUCUUUUUAGGAGCUAUUCCUAUUCUUCUUCUACCCUACUUUCUGGUGUUCACUAAGUUCGGGAUGCUGUCCGUGCUCGCCUUAGCCUGGCUCACCUAUGACUGGAACACCCACAGUCAAGGUGGUAGGCAUUCAAUUUGGGUACGAAACUGGACCCUCUGGAAGUAUUCAAAUUACUUCCCAGUAAAGCUGGUGAAGACUCAUGACGUCUGUCACAAACACAGCUAUAUCAUUGCCAACCACCCGCAUGGCAUUCUCUCUUAUGGUGUCUUCAUCAUCUUUCCCACUGAGGCCACUGGCUUUGCUCGAAUUUUCCCAGCCAUCACUCCUUAUGUAGGGACCUUGGAAGGGAUCUUCUGGAUCCCAAUUGUGCGAGAUUAUGUGAUGUCAAUGGGUGUGGUCCCAGUGAGUGAGUUGGCCUUGAAGUAUUUGCUGACCAAGAAAGGUUUGGGCAAUGCUGUGGUUAUUGAGGUGGGUGGAGCUGCUGAAGCCCUCUUGUGCCACCCAGGAGCCUCUACCAUCCUCCUUAAACAGCGUAAAGGUUUUGUGAGGUUAGCACUGAAGACAGGAGUCCACCUGCCGAUGCAGGGAACACGGGUUCGUGACCCUGAGGGCAUGUGGCUAAGGUUCUUCCAGAAAACCUUGCAGGACAGAAUCAAAAAAACCCUGAGACUUUUCAGUACCUUCCACGGCCGGGACCUCACUCGAGGAUCCUGGGGCUUCCUGCCUUUCAAUCAGCCCAUUACCACUGUUGAUAAGUUUUCCACUAUCUUUGGACCACUCUGGUCCUUGAUUCCCCCCACCCAGGUCAUCCCUCAAGUCUCAGGGGACCCGCCACACAGCUGGGAAAGGCAAUGGGAAUUCCAGUACAUGCACGAGAUUAGGUCUGAUGCUUGUCUCUCCUCCUUCCCCACAGUUGGGGAGCCCCUGCCAAUUCCCAAGAUUAAGAAGCCAAACAAAAAGACGGUGGACAAGUACCACACACUCUACAUCAGCGCCCUGUGCAAGCUGUUUGACAAAGUACAGUAUGGCCUCCCUGAGACCCAGGAGCUGACAACCAUAUAAUAGGAGCCGGAUUUCCCCGUUAUUGAACCCCCAAAGCAUUAAGGAAUCCAAGUAGGGCCGCAUGGAAAGAAGAAUCUGGGGAGAGGGGGAGAUCUCAGGGUUG